CCGCCUCCCAGCCAACCAAUGGAGGAACGAGGCGGAAAAUUUCGAAUGUGGCGACGGUAGUUCCAGGCGACGGGGUACGGUCCUGGAGGGCUCAUUGCGCGUGGCUAGCGCGGGAGAGCCUCGAAGAGCCUUGAAAUGUGAGAAGGAGGAAGAUAGCUCUUGCAGAAGUAGUGGCCAAGGCAAAAGAUGGCCAAGGAAAGAUGCCUGAAGAAGUCCUUUCAAGAUAGUCUUGAAGACAUAAAGAAACGAAUGAAAGAGAAAAGGAAUAAAAACUUGGCAGAGAUUGGCAAACGCAGGUCUUUUAUAGCUGCACCAUGCCAAAUAAUCACCAACACUUCUACACUGCUGAAAAAUUACCAAGACAACAACAAAAUGUUAGUUUUAGCUUUGGAAAAUGAAAAAUCCAAAGUGAGAGAAGCCCAAGAUAUCAUCCUACAGCUGAGAAAAGAAUGUUACUAUCUCACAUGGCAGCUAUAUGCAUUGAAAAGAAAACUUACAUCACAACAAACAGAAGAACCUGCUCAGAACCAGGAAAUAUGUUCCUCUGGAAUGGACCCCAAUAGCGAUGACAACUCCAGAAAUUUAUUUGUGAAGGAUUUACCGCAAAUUCCUCUUGAAGAAACUGAACUUCCAGGACAAGGAGAGUCAUUUCAAAUAGAAGAUCAGAUACCUACUAUUCCUCAAGAAACACUGGGAUUUGAUUUUGAUUCAGGUGAAGCUAAGUCCACUGAUAAUGUCUUACCUAGAACUGUAUCUGUCCGUAGCAGUUUAAAGAAACAUUGUAACAGUGUAUGUCAGUUUGAUAGCUUGGAUGAUUUUGAAACCAGUCAUUUGGCAGGGAAGUCUUUUGAAUUCGAAAGAGUUGGAUUUUUAGACCCACUAGUAAACAUGCCUGAAAAUGUACAAUACAAUGUUUGUCAAUGGAGCAAGGACCAAGCUAACUUAUCACUUUCAAAGCUGAUUCAUCAAGGAACGUUUACUAAAACAAAAGAAGACAUUUUAGAGUCUAAAUCUGAACAAACUAAAAGUAAGCAAAGAGAUACACAAGAAAGAAAAAGAGAAGAGAAAAGAAAAGCUAACAGGAGAAAAUCAAAACCUAUAUCAAAAUAUAAAGAGAAUAAAAGUGAAAAUAAAAGAACUGUUUCCAAAAAGAAAAUGCACAAAUCUGUCAGUUGCAAUGAUGCUUACAAUUUUAAUUUGGAAGAGGGUGUUCAUCUUACUCCUUUCCGACAAAAAAUGAGCAAUGACUCUAAUAGAGAAAAAAACAAUGAGUCUGAAGUGAGCCUCUGUGAAUCAAGUGGUUCAGGAGAUGAUUCCGAUGACCUCUAUUUGCCCACUUGCAAGUACAUUCAGAAUCCCACCAGCGAUUCAGGUACAAGACCAGUCACCAGGCCUCUAGCUAAAAGAGGACUGAAAUAUACAGAUGAAAAAGAGACGGAGGGUUCUAAGCCAACAGAAACUCCUACUAGUACACCACCUGAAACUCACCAGUCACCUCAUCUUAAACUGAAGGAUAUCACCAAUGUCUCCUUGUAUCCUGUUGUGAAAAUCGGAAGGCUUUCUCUUUCUCCAGAAAAGAAUAAAGAAAGCCCAGCAGUGGCUCUGCCUAAACGUAGGUGCACAGUCAGCGUGAACUAUAAGGAGCCCACCCUCGCUUCGAAACUGAGAAGAGGGGACCCUUUUACAGAUUUGUGCUUUUUGAAUUCUCCUAUUUUCAAGCAGAAAAAGGAUUUGAGACGUUCUAAAAAAAGAGCCCUGGAGGUAUCACCUACCAAAGAAGCAAUUUUUAUUUUAUAUUAUGUUUGGGAAUUUGUUUAGAGAUUCUCAGACUGUAGGGAAUGAAAACUUGAAACCCAAAUCUGCUUAAGGUAAAGUCCAGGGGCUUCACAUCCUUAGAAAACUUUUUUAGUCCAUGCGUUCACUAAUGUAUGCAGACCUUUAAUAGAUUCUAGCUUUAUGUGUGGGGGGAGAGAUGGAGGGGUGUUGACAGUCUGUUUCACUCAGCCUACAUACGUAUUAAAACCUAAGCCCUUUAAUUAGAGAUAGCAACUUUCCCAGGGUGACCAAGGAAUCAGUACAUGUAUUGAACCCCUCUUUUAAGUUUCCUGUUGGUUGUGUCACUUGGAGAUUGCCUUUUCUUUCUUGUAAGCUCAGCUAUGCCCUCAAAUAUAUUGCAUUUUACCUACCAUUUCCAGGUGUUUUCAGGGGUCAAAGUUUUUAAGUUAUCUUAGUCUUCGAUAUUGUGUAAGCGAAAGUCUCCAAUCCCAUUUCCUAGAUGAUUUUUUAAAAUCACAAAAUGUGACUCUGCUUAACAGCUGUUUCCUGUUUCUCUUAAAAUCCAUUUCCUAUUUCUCUUAAAAUAAAAUCCAUUAUUCUUAAUAUGGCCUGUUAUGGCCCUGCACCAUCUCACACUACACUCCUCUGCGUCUGCAACUCUUGUCAUGUUGAAUUCUCUCCGUUCUUUGGAGAUCUUAGCCUGUGUUGUCUCUGCCUGCCUUCUUCCAGAUUUUGCCUUGGUCAAUGCCUAUUCUAAUCUUUCAGCUUAAAAAGCCACUUCCUCUCAGAAGCUUUCUCUAAGUUCCUGCUUACCAGAUUUUGUCUUCCUUUUUAUAAUCUCAUAGCACUACACUAAUAAAAGCUCCAGAAUUUCCUUAUAAACAGGGCCCUAGGGUGGUGAUUUUUUGAAUGGAGGAGAUAUUGGGACAAGAAGCCAGGGGAGUACCCUGGAAACAUAUAUUAAAGCUACAUUUGCUUAAAAAGUCUUUUGAUUUAAUUUGUAUUUUUGUUGAAGCCACCCUUAGUCCCACCACUGCAGGCUCUACCUUUCAUUGUAGCACUCUAGAUACCUAUAAUUACUAUUCAAUGUCUGACCUCUCCAUGAAAAUAUAAUUGCUACUUUGAUCACUUUGUACCUACACACACUCCAAGUUUCAGUAGCCUUCUUGGGCCUUGGCCCCUGGUCUAGAAGGCCAGGCUCUUAGCAAGGUGUUUCAUGACUCUAUCCAACCUGAUCCCACAACAUGUCAUCAACUCUCACCCUUACCUGAAAUUAGUCUCUCAUCUCUUAAUUCACUGAUGUGACAUUUCUUCUCCAAUUGACUUUUCUUUCCCAGUAAUAGAAUCUUAGCAUUAAAGGGCUUUAUCAUUUUAAACAUAGGAGAUGCUUAAUAAAUGUGGAAUAGGAAUUUGAGGUAAAUAGCAGGGAAAUGUGAAGGAAUAGGAACUACAGUUGGUAGCCUUAAUAUCCAGAUACUUCAUGCUGCAACAAACUAGGACCAUCAUUCUUUAAAUGUAGCUGUGGCAUUGCAUAGCAUUGAAGAGCACUGACUCUGGAUCCAGAAUCCCUGCAUUUGCCUGUUUGGGAAAAUUCCCUCUCUGUAUCUCAGUAUUUUCAUUGAAUUGUAAGGAUUCAGUGAGUUAGUACAUAUAAAAUGCUUAGAAAAGUGCUUAACACUUACUAAGUGCUCAAUAAGUGGUAGAUUCCUGAGGAAAUUACUUGGUUAUAGGAAUCUAUGCAGCAUCCACAGAUUGACUAUCUGCACUAAAUUCUGCUAGUUCAAACCCACUUAGUGCCAGUACAAAUAAAAUAAUAUAUUAACAAUACUUGAAUACUGGUUUAGGUAAAAAGCCUUUUUAAAAUUUAUAGUGUCAACUUAAAAUUUUAUAUAGUGUUUUACAUUCACUUGAGACCAUCUUCACAUACAUUAAAUACAUCCUGACUACAGCUUUGAGCAGAAAAGCAUGUGUCUAAUGAGAAUAGACUCAAGAUAAUGAGUAUGGCGUUCUAUCAUAAAGGGUGUUGGGAAGUAGCAUUUGUGCAAGAAGAUACAUGUAAUAAGUAAAACAGAGAGUAAUUAAAAUUUAUUCCAGCUUGGUAUUAUGGAAAAGGUGGGAAAUGUAGCCUGGAUCGGGAUUGUUAGGUGAGUUCACAUACAGCUGCAUGGUCACACUCGAGUGAUUUUGAUCUUUGGCAUCUUGAAAGUUGGUAUCCAGCAUCAUAAUGGAAAGUUUCAUCCUCUCCCUCAUCCUGUUCAAUAUUUUUUCAAUAACAUGAAUAAGAGAAAACAUAUAAUUCACAAACAAAUUUGUAAUUUAUAAAUGUAAAACGUAGAAGGAAUAGGUAACAGUGAAUAUUGGAACUCAAAUAAAAAAUGCCUCACAGGUUAAUACAAGGGCAGGGGGAACUUCCUAUAAAAUUAAGCCCUCAUCUACUUCGUGACCUAACAGUUUCACUAUUUGGUAUUCACAUAAGAGAAUACCAAUAUGUUUACAAAAAGACCUGCACAAAAAAUGUUUAUGGCAGCAUUAUUGUAAGACCCAAACCUGGAAACUACCCAAAUGUCCACUAAACUUGAGAAGAUAAAUUGUGGAAUAUUACAAUAUUAUACUCUUCAGCAAUAAAAAGGAAUGAACUUCUGAUACAUACUACAAUGUGGAUGAACCAAACCCCAGAAAGUACAAACUAUGACCCCAUUUAUAUGAAAUCAAGUAACACACAAAACGAAUCUAUGGUGACAGAAAUCAGAAGUGGUUUUCUGGAGACAGGAGAAUUGACCUGAAAGAGGCAUGAGGGAGCUUUUCUUAGGUGAUAAGAAUGUCCUGUCUUUAGGGUUGUGAUUAUACUGGUGCAGAUAAUUGCCAAAAGUCAUCAAACUUAACACCUAAGACCUGUGCUUUUUAAUAGAGACAGGGUCCCACCAUGUUUGGCCAGGCUGGUCUCAAACUCUUGGGCUCUA